AGCAGAAACGGGAGAAAGCCAGGGAGUCAAAUAGGAAAAGCAGAGCUGGGGAUGGACAGACAGACUUCGAGGAACAAUAUGUGCGGAUGAGCAGCGAACUGGAGAAGAGCCCAAGCAAGCACAACUGGUUCCAAGCAAACAGUGAGCGAGGAAACUGCAGCCAAGUGGAAAGAGCUGCAGCGUGACACCGCCGUGAUUUACAUAAUAGGGAGAGAAGGUUCACAAUGGAACAAUCAAAGACAUUAGCAACAAUUUGGAGACACCUUCUAGCGCUUUUGAAUAGCGCUAACAAUAACCCAUUGUUUGUGCAAAGUGCUACAGAGGCGUCGGCUCCAGAAGAGACUGGCGUCGGGCCUCGCCGAGCCCAGCUCCGAUGCGGAGCAGAGCGAAGAGAGCGACACCAUCCUACGAGCAGAUAGGGAGCCCGACAAAAACCAGGAUGGCGAGGGGGAAGAGGAGAAGACGCUUCAAAAUGGAGACCUGCAAGCGCAGCUGGAAGCCAUGAUCGCAGUGCUGAGCACAUCGGAUGAGGUGGAGCAGUUGGUUCUCAGGAACACCGACCUGACGGACCAGCUUCUGCUCACUGUAGCAGACGCUCUGAAGAGCAGCUCGUCCGAGGUGGCUCUGCUCAACCUUAACCUCAACCUCAUUGGCCCGGACGGGGCUUGCAUUCUGCUGGACGUCCUGAAGGUGAAACCUCAGGUCAAAAGUUUACACUUGUUUGGAAACAGACUAUGCGAUGAUGGCGCACUGGCCCUCCUGAGCGGCAUAGCCGAGCUACAGGAGCAAACAUCGAGAGCCGCCGCUGCCAACCUCAGCACUGGCGAGAACUUCUUUUCACUUGUGGAACUGGACAUUGGGGGAAACAACCUGAGCGGGGUGGGGCUGAAGGUUCUGGCGUCCUACAUGAGGCAGCACUCGCACCUGCAGUAUUUAGGUCUAGCUCAAACCGGCGGCCCGGAUCUGGCGGCGUGGAAAGAACUUUUCGACAGUCUCAAAGGAAACGACUGGCUGACUCACAUCAUUCUAGACGAGAAUAACCUGGGCGACCCCGGGGUCAGGCUGCUGGCCGACGUGUUGAAAUCCAACGCCCGUCUGCAGAUGGUGGAUCUGGAUGGCAACCACGUCACGGACGUGGGAGGAAACGACCUCGUGGAGGCUUUACUUUGCAGGGGCCACGUUCCCAUGAGGCAUCUGAGUCUCGCCGAGAACAACAUCAGCUCUGGGCUCAUGCGGAGGAUACGAGAAGAGGUGAAAGGAAAAUGAGAUCAAUUUAGCGAUGAACAAUGCAAAAAAUGACGACGUUGAUUGUUCUCUCGACUGUGAGAGAAAAAGAUUUGUGAUCAAAGCUUGUCAUUCCGGUGAUUAUCGCCUUGUCUCGACGGUGAAGUCCGCUGGAAUCAAUCCUCCUUAGAUUUGAUCUGAUGGUCUUUCUUCGCCGUGGAGCGCCGAGAAAGAUGUUCUCCGAGGAUGACGGAUAAAUA